AAAAUCACAAACAUCCUGGCUCAGAAGACAUUCAAUUUACUUGAGAAAGCAAGCAAAGAGUUUUCACGGAUUAAAGAUAUCAAUCAGAUUAAAGGAACGAAUUGGUUUGAAAGAAGGAUUAAAAGUACCAAUUGGAUUCAAUAGAUUAAUACGACCAACAUGAUUUGAUUGUACGGAUUUGAUAUCAGAUUAAUCGAUUAAACAACGAAAUCCUGUAGAGGCCUUUGUUCGCUUGUCUUUUGUUGUCGACCUCACUACAGCCACAGUGAAAACUCUUUGGGCAGUGAGAAUUCUUCGACGUGAAUUUCCUCUUUCGACACGGUCAAACAUCCUCGCAGUUCAAUGGACUUUGUGAAUUCUUCCAGCUACGGAAGAAUUUCGAAUGCAAAUGUGGAACUUCGAUAUUCGACACGAUGAAUGAAAUCUUCGUGAUAUGUUGAUCUCAACUUUCUUUCAUCAUAAAUCUUCUAUUUGGGAAUAAUCAUGGCAGAAGGAGUUGAGAAUGGACGGGAUAGAAUGCCCACUGAGAAGGGUUUGCAGUAUAAAGCAGACGUCACAGUCAAGACAUGGAGAGAUGCCAUUCGACUUUGGAGGAGAAGGGCAAAUAAGCAUCGCCAGCUUAUAGUUGAAGACGAUGUCAACACUGUGAUGAUUAAAGAAUCCCGUAAUCAAGUACAGGAAGCCAUGGACAAGGCGAUUUCUUCUCAAGAAGUACUUGCAGAUAUAGCUCCUUCAGCGGAUCUUGAUGAUGGUGAAGAUCUACUUGAGACUAUCGAAGAUGAACAUUCUUCUUUAAUGAGAGAAACAAUGAAAGUUAUUCUCCGAUUGCAAGGUGGGACGCUUUCAUCUAAGUCAGGUUCCCGAUCAUCCAGAGGGAGAGUUCAAGACUGGGUUGAUCGUCAAGUGUCAGUUUCCCCUCGAGUUCAGAGUAUAGUUGAUAGAGGUAACAGUGCCCCUCCAGUGGAACCCACGAUUGAGAUGAACAACCCUGCUCCACCUUCGGAAAGCCCUGCAACCAAGAUUGGUCAUCGACAAGAACCAAAGUCCAGCAAUGAUGAUGUUCUCGCCAACAGUUUGAAAGAGUUGCUAUCCUUGAAUAGACUUCCUCUUCCAGAGCCUGGAAUUUUCUCAGGUAACCCUCUUGACUACACGGCAUGGAGGCGAAGCUACGACGCAUUAAUUGAACAUCGUGGAAUUCCUAUGGCAGAGAGGUUCUACUUUCUCUUGAAAUACCUGACGGGUGAGCCGAAAUCCUUGGUAGAAGGCUACUCUAUGAUCGGCGAUGGCAGAGGUUACCUUAAUGCAAAGGAAGCGUUGGAACAGAGAUAUGGGAAUCCAUUUGUAGUUUCAAAUGCCUACAGAGACAAGCUGGAUGCUUGGCCCAAGGUUGGAUCAAGAGACUCCUUUGGACUUAGGAGAUUCGGAGACUUCCUGAAACAAUGUGACGCAGCAUCCAAGUAUGUUCCGCACCUGAAUCAUCUUGAUGACGAACGGGAAAAUCAAAACCUACUGAGGAAACUCCCUGAAUGGCUAGUCGUUAAAUGGGGAAGGAAGGUUGUUCAGUGGAGACAGGACUGGAAAACCUUUCCACCAUUUGCCAUCUUCACAGAGUUCAUUGACGAAGAGGCAACCGUUGCUUGUGAUCCCGUCACCUCUCUUCAGUCUCUGCAGACCUCAAAGGAAAGGAAGAAGUCAACUCCUUCUCGAUCUUUGCAGACUGGAACACACAAUCACAAAGAUGGCUCUGCUGAGAAGAAAUAUCUGUCAUGUGUCUUUUGCAAGGGUCAACACCAUAUUAGUGAAUGUUCCUCAUUCAAUUCAGAAACAAUGCAGAAGAAAAGACAGACUAUUAAGGACAAUGGUCUCUGCUUUGGUUGCUUGAGAAAGGGACACAUGUCAAAGAGAUGCAAGAAAAGAAAUACAUGCUCCGUAUGUAAAGGAAAGCAUCCAACUGCUCUACAUGAUGAUGAGUGGAAAAAGAAGCGACGGGAUGCUACUAACAGAGAGAGGAGCAGUAAGGAAACUCUGGAAUCAAAUUCUCAUGCUUCCCAGUCAGAUUCCAGUCAGUCUAUGAAGUCAUCGAUGAUUGUUCCGGUAUGGCUAUCACACGAGUCCAGUCGUAAGGAGAGACUAGUGUAUGCGCUGUUGGACACGCAAUCCGAUACGUCCUUCAUUCUCACACAAACCAAAGAAGCAAUGGGAAUCAAAGGCGUACAAAUACACUUAUUGCUUUCUACAAUGACGAGGACAAAUGAGAGAAUAGCUUGUGAGAAGGUGACUGGAUUGAAAGUGAAGGCUUACUACAACUCCGAGAAGGUAAUUAGCCUCCCUCCAAGCUAUACGAGAGACAUUAUCCCAGCAGAUCGACAUCAUAUUCCUACUCCUGACACAGCAAGAUCCUUCAAACACUUGUCUAGGAUUGCCAAUAUGAUUGCUCCUCUUCAGGAUGUUGAAAUUGGACUCUUGAUCGGCUACGACUGUGCCAAGGCUCUAGCUCCUCGUGCUGUCAUCCACUCUCCUGACGAAAGAGGACCCUAUGCAGUCCAGACAGACCUAGGAUGGAGCAUUGUUGGGACGGUGAACGCAGGUUAUGUUGAAAGUCACAAUGAUCCCAUUGGUGUGAGCCAUCGUACAACUGUACGGAUGGUGCCUGAGGAGGUACAGUUGAAAGGUCAUCGCUCAGAAGUGAUCUUCACGCAUCCAGCUACUACGAAGGAAGAGAUCACCCCUCUUCAUGUUGUCCAACUUCUCGAAGCUGACUUCACUCCUGAUAAGAAGCAGAAACCCUAUUCCCAGAAUGAUUUGAAGUUUGUUAAGCUAAUGGAGAAGGAGAUUCACGUUUCAGAGAGUGGACACUACGAGAUGCCCCUUCCCUUCAAGGAGGAAGAGGUACCUGUACUGCCUAACAACAAGUUUGUUGCUGCCAAACGUUUGAACCACCUGAAGAAAAAGUUUGAAAAUGAUGCCACCUACUAUGACCAAUACCUACAACAGAUGAACAAUCUCCUUGAAAAGAAGUAUGCAGAGAAGGUGUCCGAACCAGGUGAACCAGGCAAGCUAUGGUAUAUUCCACAUCAUGGAGUACAGCAACCAAAGAAACUGAGGGUGGUGUUCGAUUGCAGUUCACAGUUCAAAGGAGAGUGUUUGAACUCUCAUCUUCUCACUGGCCCUGAUUUGACCAAUGCACUUGCUGGAGUACUGUGCAGAUUCAGAAAAGAGAAGGUAGCCUUCAUGUGUGACAUCAAAGAAAUUGUUUCAUCAGUUUCAUGUCAACAAAGAGUAUCGUGA